GGUUCCGACGCGAGUUCGGUGAUAUUUGGUUCGACGCCGGGAUCGAGGAAGCACGAAUUUCCCGGCGCACUGCUGCCCCCUGGUCUACCAUCCCUCAAUACAGCGGCGAGCAGCAGUCCGGUGCCGGCGCCGACGGCCCCCGAUCUGCCAGCCCCAAGUCACCUGGCGCCGUCCGCCCAUCUGCCACCGCCGCCACCAGUGCCUCGUCAUGUGAUCAUCGGCGAGGAUAAACAACAACAACAACAUCAUCAUCAUCAACAUCAGCAGCAGCAACAACAUCAACGACUGCUGCUGCUGCCGCCUCCACCGACCAUCGCCGCAGCAACAGCGACAAGCAGCAUGACGGUGACGCCCGGAGGAGGCAGCAUGCCGUCGCCGGCGCCAGCAGCAAUCGCUCCACCUCCGCCGCCGUCGCCGCUGCUUCACUGCAAACCACCGCCACCGCCUCUCCUAUCCUCGGCAGCUUCGGCCGCCUCAUCCUCGAUCAUAGCAUCCUGCUCCUCGUCCGCCUCCGCCUCAUCCUCGUUAGCAUCCGCGUCGGCAUCAUCUUCGCAUCUGCCGAUGUCAAUGUCGAUGCCGCAGGCGGCUGUAGCGGCGGCACCCGUCGUCCACCAUCCACCCGGUCUCGGCCCAUCUGCACCAGGAGGCGGUGGCACGGCCACGAAUCACGCACGAACGGACAGCCCGGCCGUCGCCACUUCGGCUCCAGGCUACCAUCCACCUUACCAACCCCUGUACGCCCCGUACGCAGCAGCCAACGUGCACACGCCGUACUCUGCGGCAACACUUCCCACCACCACCACCCUAUUACCAACGACGGCGCCGACGGCCACCACAGUCACCGCCUCCGCCGUCCCAUCCAUCCGAAGUAGCACUCCCAUCAGUCAUUCGCCGAGCAUGGAUCAUCACCACAGGGAUACCUACAGCAGCAGCAGCAGCAGCAUCGUGAGCAGGACGAAUGUAACACCUAUGAGUUGCCCACCGCCUCCGCCGCAUGCAACCAACAACACCACCGUGUCUUCUAGUCUGAGCAGCAAACCGUGGCCGAGCGGUGUUGGUCCGCCACCUCAGCUGAGUCCUGCGGCGGUGGCAUCGCGUCCCACGCCACCGCUUCACGCGGGUCCUUCGUUUGCGACGAUGUUUGCGGCGCCGAUGCCACCGCCGACGGUUGUGUCGCGCGCCAGCCCCACUGUACCACCACCACAACAACACCAACAGCAACACCAACAGCAACAGCAGCAACAACAGCAGCAGCAGCAGCCACCACCGCCUCCACCCACAAAUCCGAAUCCAUUCUCGGCGGAAAGUCUCUUCCAGACCUCCAAUCAGGCGGACAUGCUGCGACGGGAGCUGGACAGUAGAUUUCUGGCGUCGCAGGACAGCAGGACGAUGAACGUGGUCGGACCUCCGCCACCGCCCUACCUGCGAACCGAGAUGCAUCAACACCAGCACCACCACACACACGUGCAUCAGCACACCACCUCACUGCUUCCUCCACCACCAACCUCAACUCUAUUUCCAUCACCACUUCAGUUCAAGGAUAUUCCUAAACUGGGCAGCCACGAGUCGCCGUUUUACAGGCAAAACAUCGGAAUGCCACCCACGUAUACCGGCUACACGCCGAGCCUUUUGCAUCCUGGCCUCACGGGACCAACGCCUUUCGUCCCGCCCAGUCAUCUGCCUGCCUUUCAACCCAAGCCGACUACUGCCGAUCAACCAGCUAAGCCUAAAAUAACGAAAUCCGGCAAAUGGAAUGCGAUGCACGUUCGUGUCGCUUGGGAGAUUUACCAUCAUCAGCACAAGGGCGACAAGGGUGGACCCGGUGCACUAAAGGGUGACCUACUGCGACCGCCGACGCACCUCUUCAACCCCAGCGUUCGCUCGCACGAGAUGACGCCGACAUUCGGUCCACCGCUCGGUCAUCAUCGGCAGCAGCAGCAGCAACCGUCUCUGCCGCCGCCCUCCUUCGACCAAUCACCGCAUCCGGGCAGUCUCUUCACGUCUCCCGCUGCGCACAGUCUCGGCGGUAAACCGGCAUCAUCCUUUAGGACGACCGGUUUCCAUCAUCUGCCGAAAAUGGAAUCGUCCGCCGGCAAUGCGAUGUCCCCGUUCACCAGGUACGGUGGAGGUGGUCCUCCCGGAUUUGGCGGUGGCCCGGGCUCUUCGCCGUUCUCCGUCUCGCCGUUCCCUCCUUCAGCUGCAGGGCGGCCCAACGAGUUGCCGCCCCUGCUGCACGAUCCCUGGCGCCGCAACUAUCCGCCCAAUAUGCAGCCGGCGAUGCCUCCGCAUCAGUGGGCCAUGAAGCCGGAUCCACUGCUCGAGCAGAGGGAGCGAGAGGAAAGGGAGCGGUUGCGGCGUGAACGAGAGGAUCGGGAGAGGCGAGAACGAGAGCGAGAGGAGAAACGAAGAUUGGAACAACAACAGCAGGCCGCCGAGCAGAGGGAGAGAGAGAGACGGGAGAAGGAGCGGCGCGAAAUGGAGCAGCAGAGGGAAAGAGAACGAAUGCUCCAUCAGCAGAGGCUCGUCGAAUCGGCGAAACCAAUGCAGUCGGUGAUGCGAGACCGGUCGCCGAUGAGGAACGGCGGCGAUAUGGGCGAGAUCAGGAUCAAGGAGGAGCCGCGCUCCAAGGAGGACGAAGUGACCAACAUGCUGAGGACGGCGGCGGCGGCGGAUCCCAGAUACCAUCCGUACUUGAGGCCGGGACCGCCGCACGCGUUGCAACGAGUCCUCCCGCAUCACUAUCCGCCGCCCGCAUCUCAUUGGCCACCGCCGCCCCCUCACGACGCCUUCUACCGCUACGAUCCGUUGCGUUACAAUCCGCUGGAGGUGGCGAUGCGAGCGGACGAGGAGCGGAUGAAGAUGUUCAACACGUACGGUCACCCGUCGCAUCAGUUGCGCACCAAGGAUCCGGGUCUGAUGCAUCUUCGACCCGGUCCCGGCCCACCGCAGCAAUCUCAGCAACACAAAAUGUGCGCCACCCCACCCACCGACCUGCACAAGAAGGAGGAGCCGCGAUAGCUAAGGGCGGGGCAGGUGCCGGGACCGCCUUCCGGGCGCAGAAGGCUGGAGGCAGGGCCGGGCGCGCCCCCAAUCUGACUACGUGCCACCACCGAAUUCUUCGUCGAUCUCAGCUAGUGAUUUAAUCCCAUGGGAAAGAUGAUGAUGAUGACCACAACAUACGAUUAUGUUGACAGCAGCAGCAGCAACGACGAGUGUGUUGUUUGUGUUGCGUCUAAGAAGUUGAUAAAGAGGAAAUAGAGUUUGAGGAGGAUGAAAAGGACAUUUCGAGGAAAUGACUUUAAAGACUUGUAAUUAUGUAAUUUUAAGCGUGUGUGGUGCAUGUGCGGCUGCGUGCGUGUGUGUGUGCGUGCGAUUGAUUCGGCGACGGCAACACUGAAAUGUCAUGCUUCCACUCGAUUGUGUUCAAAGUGAAACGGUGGCCAUGGGGGUGUGAUUGGGGUUGGAUUAGGUGUUGUCUGAACAGCAGGAGGGAGAUCUGAUUAAUUUCUUUAAUUGUUAUGAUUUACUUUUACUCGAAUUGUAGCAAAACGUCUUAACAACAAGCAAAAGUGCAAUAUUUCAUACCGAUGAAUGAAUAAUACACGUACACACACACAGUUCAUCAUCGUCUGUAUGAAAACUUGCAACAAAGAAUACGUUUGUUACGACUUUCUGUGCAAAAGAGUAAAUAGAUUUACAAACACGA